AUGGUCGUUCCCCGUGGACAGGACAGAGCAAAAGGACCGCAGGCAGCACAGCGCUGCUUCCCGCCUGGGCUAAAACCGCCCCUGCCGUCUGCUCGCCCUGUCCCGGGGCCACAGAACCGGGCACCGCAGGCGGAGGUCAGCCUGGCUCCCUCGGGCUUCGAGCCUCCCAGCCUUGGGGCUCCUGGAGACCCAUCUCUGCCUCCAUCCUCACGCGGCGCCCACUCUGCCUGUCUGUCUCAGCGUCCGCUUUUCCACAAGGUCGCCAGUCACCUUGGGUGCCGAGCCUGCAGACCCGACCCGGGUCGUGGGGUCACCAGCGCGGCCUCUCGGUUCCGCACCAGCACCUCUCACUUCCUGCCCGUCCUCCGAGCAGGCCGGCCGGCGCCUCCCUCCGGCUCUCACAGCCCCAGCACGCUCAGCACAGCCCCUGGAGGGCACCCCCAGGAGCCCGGGGCCCUGAGGUCGUGGGAACCGGGCCGCGGCCCCACAGAGCGGGGGCCCCUCCGCAUCUGCACGGCCCUGCCCUGGGGUCUGCACACCCCGAGCCCAGUGAGAGAGCGCCUGCUCCGCGCAGGGGGUGACGGUGAUGGGGUACACGCUGGGGGGCGGGGCUCGGGCGCCUCCCCUCCCCCUCCCGCCGGCGCAGACCCUCGCCGGGGAGGAGGGGCGUCCGCGCACCUGCGGGUGGAGGACCGGGGCCGGGAGGCCAUCCCACGGCAGGUGUGUGGGGGCGGGAAGCGCGGGCGGGAGCCCCGGGACCGGCCGCGGCGGAGCGGGGCGCUGCGCGGUAUCCAGGGGCCGCCGCCGGAGGGGGAGCGCGAGCUCCACGUGCGGGACGCCCCCCACUGUCGGCCGGGGUCCUCCCGCGCGGACAGGUGUCACUGCCCGGCCCCUCCCAGGGCCGCACCCCUGGGUCCCGGCCCCCAGCAGGUCCCGGGCCAGUGCGGGUUCGGGGACCUGAGUUCUGAGCUCUGCUCCCGGCUCCUGGACCCGCUGCGGCAGGGGGACGGACAGACAGAGGCUGCCGGUGGGCCCGGGGGAGGGGGGCGGCCAGGAGGGCACGUGCUCCGGCGGCCGCUCCCGAAGCACCUCAUCCAGCAUCAGGCAGCGCCGUCGUCUCCAGGAUCCCCAGGAAACCUGGAGCCUCCGCCAGAACCUCCCAGCAGCCCCCUGGAGCCCAGAGGGCCAGUCCUACGCAGCUCCACGGAGGUGACCCAGGAGCACCAGAGCUUGCGCCCCACUGGACAGCCCCGCCUCCCUCCCGAUGCCCUGGACAAGGUGGUGGGUGUGAGCGCCACCGACGAUCAAGCAGGUUAA